GCGCAACUUGUCGAGCUAAACAAACUCCACUCGAAUUCAUUCGAUCCGAUCGCCAUUUUGUUGAAUACAUUCAACUCGUGAUAGGCACAUUUGACUCGAUAUGCGUUCAUGUUUAAUCGUUUAUUAGAUAAUAAUUUUGGCGGCAAAUUGAUUAUAAAGUGAGUGAGAUUUAUUAAAUCAGCAUGAAGAAGAAGUACUCGUCCAUAGCGUGGCAAUUUUUCGACCGCAUUGAGAAUGAAAACAGAUGCAUUGCAGUGUUGUGUAAACUAUGUGAUACUCAAUAUAAGUUUUUCGGUAAUACAACAAACUUACGAGUACAUUUGAAAAACAAGCAUCCGCUACAGUGGGAAUUGGCAUUAAACGGCAGUUUGGAUGACAGUAAUUUUCAGAUAGAAGAUGAUGAAUCUAAUCAGUCAGCGGUAUCUCCAAAACGGAAAUCUUAUUCAACAAGGUCCUACAAAGAUAAAAACGUACGUUAUUCAGUAUCAGUUGAUAAUACAAGAAACACAAGAGAACGGAUACCGAAAAUUGAAAUACAAAGGAUAGACGUGUUAUCAGAUGUUGAUAAUGAUAAUAGAGACAACGAAGACACAGAGGCUACAUUCAACCUGGUAAGACAGUUGCACGAAGGCUCAGAUGAGGAGUGGUUGGUAGACGACCAAUACCAAACUACAUACACCCCAACAUCUAAAAAAGUAUUGUAUAGAAAAAUAAAGAGGGAAGUACAAACACCACCGAGAAGAUUGCCCUCCCGACCGGUAAAUUAUGAGAAAUCACCGGUAGUUAUAGAGAAUACAAUUUACAGAGAUGAGUGUUCUGUAUUUGGGGAAUAUGUUGCGAAUAAAUUAAGAAAAUUAAAGGUAUCACGAACCCGUAGUAAUUUACAGCAGUUAAUAACAACAAUACUGUGGCAAGCUGAGUAUGGAACAUAUGAUAAUGCAAACACUGUUAAAAGAGUGCUAAUGCAUUCUGUACAAGAGUCUGAGCUUGAAACGGGUACGAUUCAUCCCGAUCUAGACGUAAAUGUAGAAGGGGAGGAGGUUAUUGAACAGCCAGAUGACAUACCAAACCAAAGUAUGGAAGUAGAGGGUUAAGGGCUACACAUUCAAAUUGAAUUCUUAGAAUAUUUGCAUUAUCUAAUAUAUAAAAUUCUCGUGUGACGGAAUUUGGUAAAUCCUCCGAAAUGGCUUUACCGAUUAUUAUGAAAAUUUGUAUGAUAAGAUUAUACGGGUAGGUCUGAGAAUCGACCAACAUCUAUUUUUCUUACCCCUCAAUCAUAAAGGUAGGAACCAGGUAUAUAUUUUAUUAAAAAAAUCAUUUUGAAGUUUUCAUGAUUCAGCAUUAAAAUAUACACAUUUUUGCACUGCUACCAUGAACCCUGUUUUUAAUAGCGAUUUAAUGUAUGUGGCAAAACAACGUUUACGGGGUCAGCUCGUUUCUCGAUAAAAAAAUAUUUAGUCCAAAUAAUUAUUUAAUAAAUAGAAUUAUUUUCUACUGAGUUUCGUACACAUAAAUAUAUUAUUGCAUACAUUAACUUCGCAUUAAAUACUUUUCAAAAUCAGAAAAUUCUAAAUGUUGAUGAUGAGCAAUUAAAAGUAUAAUAAAAAAUACAUAUUGUCUAAUAUUGCAUGAUUCAUAUAUGAAAACAUGGGAUUGUUUUGAAUUGUC